CGAAUAUAGCGGUUCAAAAUUUCGAAUGGCGGUACAUAACAUUCGUAGUUUUCAAUUCAACUAUGUUACAUGGGGUCGAAAAUCUACUCAGAUUGUACGAUAAAAGUUACAUUAUAGGACGUGGGUCAUUUUAUCCUCCCUUCGCGGAGAAGACCAGACAAUACAUUUUAUUCGGGUGUAAUGUGACCGAUAUCGUUAUGAUCUUGGAUUGGAUGCGGCACCACCAGUUUGAUAACACCGGAAAACACAUAGUUGUAUGCGAAUCGCAAGACGAACAACAAUGUGAUGAAACAGAUGCUGUACAAAUUUUAUGGGAUCACAAAAUAACAGAUGUAGUUUUUCUAAAAAAUGACUAUAAAGACGAAGUGCUGGGAUACUCGUAUUUUCCUUUGGUAGACGGAUGCAACAGUGUUAAGCCAAUCAAAUUGAACAAUUUGGAUUCCAUCUAUGCUGAAAUAUUUCCUAUGAAGCUCAGAAAUUUGCAAAAAUGUCCGCUAACAGUAUCUAUAUACCAACAAGUCCCAUAUAUGACUGUUGUAGACGGUAUCACGAUAGGCGCUGAUGGUGAUUUACUACGGAUUAUUAUAGAUGCUUUGAACGCUACACUUCGCAUCAUGAAUCCGCAUAAAGGCUCUGGUUGGGGCUACCUCGACGAGGAUGGACAGUGGAUGGGGUCGCUUGGCGACGUGUAUAAUGAUCUGGCUAACUUCUCAAUGACUUCUGGGGCGCUGACGCUCUCAAGGUUUUCUUACUUCCAAUUGUCAAUUGACUACUAUUCAGCUAAACUUAUAUGGAUAACUCAUCCAGCACCGUUGCAACCUUCUUCGUUGAAACUGCUAUACCCAAUCCAGGCUUGGACGCAAACGGCAAUGAUAAUGAGUUUCCUAUUCGUUGGUGUAGUGGCCAUGUUUGUAAGGAGUAGAUUUUGGGCAAAAAUAUGUCGCAAAACAAGAUUGAAACCGCCGAGAGUCAGUAUAGUUUUCUAUUCCUGGCUAAUAUGUAUGGGACUACCGCUUAUAAGGCUGCCGACACACCAAGGGAUUUUGACCAUAGUGAUUUUAUGGAUAUGGUAUUGUUUUAUGAUAAGAACAAUAUACCAAGUCUGUCUUAUACCUGUCCUUCGUAGUAACUAUUAUUAUGCAGAUUUAGAUACGAUACAAGAUGCGUUCUAUGCUAACUAUCCUUUCGGAGGUGGUAUUUCACUCAGAGAUUAUUAUAUUGAUGAUCCCUUAUUGUUUGAUAAUUGGCAGGUAAUAGAAACGGCAAAUAUUAUUCCCAGUUUAUUUGAUGUGGCAAACGGGAAGAAGUUUGUUCUAGCUAUGAGUGGCGAGAAUGCCAUUACGUUAAUCAGGACAAAGAAUUUGCAAGUUCACAUUUUAAAAGAGAAAUUGAUUAGUACUCCGACAGUGAUAUUUUUUAAGAAGUUCUCACCGCUUGUGCUACCCAUUAAUAAUGUGUUGAGACCAUUGAUAGAGUCUGGACUGGUAGAUAAGUUGUAUAAAGACUAUAUGAAAAAAUUGCAACCUCAGGAGAUGGGAACUACGGGUCCAAUAAAUUCUGAACACUAUAAAGGUUGCUAUUUGAUUUUGAUGGCAGGAUGGGUCACAUCCUUCGCAUGUUUCAUAUUUGAAAUUUUGUACGCGAAAUAUUAUGAAUUUUGUAAUUCUUUGCUUCCGUUUAAAUUAAUUAGGUUUAGUUUACCGGCAAUCAUUGCAUACAAUAUGACAUUGUAUUGUCAUGUGAUUCGAUUUUUAUUACUUGAAAUAAUUUUGUCAAACAUGGCUGAAUGUGAGUACACGAAUUUGAUUUUAAAACAACACGAAAAUGCAUCGGCAGCCAUGGUAAAUCUUGGUAAAUUGGCUGCUAAAAUAGCUUAUUACAAUUUCGAAUGGCGAUUUUAUACACUUGUUUUGUUGGAUUCUAUGCGUGUCGCUGCGAGCGUCGAAAGCUUCUUGCUCAGCUACAAUAAACCUAUUGUUUUAAAAUAUGGAGAAUUUGAACCCCGACAUCGUGUAAAAGUGAUUCAAUUUGUGAUAUUCGGCUACGACUCGAAAGAAUUGUCACUUAAACUUGCGUGGCUUGCUAGGUCACACUAUGACAUCUCUGCUAGAUUUGUUAUUGUCUGUGCAAAUGACGAUUACAAGAGAUGUAACCAAAAUGAGGCUUUUCAGACUAUAUCUAAAACGUUUAUGGUUAAUUCCAUCUAUCUCCAGUCAACUGAAGGUAAAGACGAACCUACAGCGUUCACAUACUUCCCGAUGAAACCAAAUAAAUGCACAAAUAACAGCCCUGAAGAAAUAAAAAUAGAUCCAAGAUGCUCCAACCAUUCCUGUCGAAAUGUGUUCCCAGAAAAAUUGAAUAAUUUCUUCGGCUGCUCCUUAUAUAUUUCGACAAUUCAUCAACCUCCAUAUAUGUAUUUAAACAAUGAUUAUGAAGAACCGCACGGUGCUGAUGGCGACAUCAUAAAAUUGGUUGCAAUCAUACUAAAUGCCACAUUAACGAUGAAAUUACCUAUAGAAAAAUCUGAGUGGGGACAUAGUGUAGAUAACAACUGGACAGGUUCAUUGGGUGACGUAUUCAAUAAGCGUGUCCAUGCAUCUAUGGCCUCUAUCCCCAUUACUCCUGGUAAAAACGGAAAUUUUCAAAUAUCUUUCCCUUACUAUUCUAUGGAAAUGGUGUGGACCACGAGGUUGCCUGAUUUGAAACCUUCGUGGGAAAAACUCCUCCGUCCCUUAGAAACAAUGACUAGGGUUGCAUUAUCCAUCAUGUUUAUUAUAAUUGUUAUCAUUAAUGCCUUUCUAAAGACAAAAAUGUGGGAGAGGAUCAGAACACCUCUCAAUAUUUCACGAACAAAAUCAAAUUUACUUUUUAAAUCAUAUAUUAUAUUUCUUGGCAUGUCCGUAUCAAGAAUGCCGAUAAAGCCAGCUCUUAGAAUAUUUGUGUUCAGUUGGUUAUGGUUUUCGUUUAUAAUGAGGUGUGCGUAUCAAGCAACUCUUUUUAAUUCGUUGAGAACUACUUAUUACGAUGAGACCUUCGACGACAUACGAGACGCUAUACAAGCCGGUUACACAUAUGGAGGCACAAUAUCAUUAAGAGAUUAUUAUUUAGAAGAACAAGAUAUUUUCGAGAAUUGGAAAACAUUUAAUUUUGAUAAUAUCAAUGAUGUACUUGUACAAAUAACAAAAGAUAACAUAGAUGUCGCUGUCGCUGUGAACAAAGCGUCUAUAUUACAUCACUUAACGCAAUCAAAUGGAUCGAAGCAUUUGCAGAUUAUUAGAAAUCAAAUCGUGACAAGCCCCACAGUCUUAUAUUUUAAGAAAUUUUCUCCAUACGUACCAGCGAUUGAUAGAAUUUUGAUAGUGUUGGUGGAAGCUGGUUUCACUGACAUGUUGUAUGCUCGAUACUUGGACCAGGACAUUUAUCUGUUUGAACACCCUCCGGGGUACGGCACAACGCCUCUUGGAUUCGAUCACUUCGCUACAUGCUUUAUAUUAUUAGUAAUCGGUUGGUUUGUGUCUGCUAUAUACUUUGCUGUUGAAAUGUUCUGCAAGCCUUCCCGUGGUUAAUAUAGUAGGUACCUAUUGCCACCUCAGGUUUUUGUAUGUUAUAAAAAGUAGGCAUUUUUUAUGUUAUUUGAAUUUCUUCAUACGUUAAGGUACGUAAUGCCCCCAUGC